UAUAGCACUGGGGAAAAAUGCAGCGAGAGGCAGCUGAUGGUGAGGAGAGCAGCGGAGACCCCCGUCGGAAGGCAGUCUGCGUUACUUUCUAACUGCGCGACAACAUGGAGGAUUUUAACACACGUUCGGGGAUGUCGGACUGAGGGGGGGACGACUGUAACCUGAGGCACAACCGAUCGCUCGGAUUUGAUCUUUUUCGAGGGGGAUUUGGUUUCGCGCGCAGAAUGCCGUUCGCCAAGCGGAUCGUGGAGCCGCAGCUGCUGCGCAGGCACGCCGUCCCCAGCGACGACUCGGGCGCGCUCUUCGAGGACCUGCGCUCCAUCAGCAAUGUGGCUCUUUCUCGAACCCUGAGGCAGCUCUCGGACCUGGCCAAGCACGCGUGCUCGCUCUUCCAGGAGCUCGAGGACGAGAUCGCGUCCACGAACCAGCGCCUUUGGACUCUGCAGGGCAGAAUCGGCAGAAUCCAGCAGACGGCCAGCGGACUGGACCCCAAGCAGGAGGCUGUGCCCGUGUCCAACCUGGACGUGGAGAGCAAGCUGACGUCGCACUACCAGGCCCCAUGGCACCAGCAGCGCAAUGUGUUCCACCCCUCCACCCGGCCGCCGUGCCUGGAGGAGCUGCACCGGCACGCCAAGCAGAACCUGCGGGCGCUGCACCGAGAUCAACAGCAGCGGCAGCGGUCCGGCAGUCGGGAGCGCCGGGUGACCAUCUCCAUCUCGGUGGCACCCCCGAUGCCCACCUACCCCUCGCCGCGGACCCUCCGGCGCCGCGAACAAAGGAGCCGGCACCCGAGAACGGAGAGGCCGGUGAAGGAGUCUGAAAUUCAGGCCGCACAAAGAAAGGAGAAGCCAAUAAGGGAAACUGAGUUUCAGCAAAUGCAGAGAAAGUUUGAGAGAAAGCGGUCCUCCUCCCCCACUGAGUGUUGCCACUUUACCCCCUGGAGUAGAAAGGCCCCUCCUCCCUCAGAUUCAGACAUGGAUGUGGUGGCCCUAGGCCACCGGCCCCGGUGCCCUGUGCCUAAUGUUCCCUCCACCCUGGACAAGCAGACUAACUGGUCCAGAGCCCUGCCCCUUCCCACCCCGGAGGAGAAGAUGAAAACAGAGUCCCAAGUGAUUUCGUCAUGCAUAAUUCCCAUUAACGUCACCGACGUACCCGUUGUUGCCUCUUCUCCAGCGAUUUCUGCAUUUCUCAGAGUUGGAUUUGACAGAGAAGCCAGCGCUCGCUGCUCCCUUGUUCACUCGCAGUCGGUGCUCCAGAGGCGCCGCAAGCUGAGAAGACGGAAAACCAUCUCGGGAAUUCCAAGACGCGUGCAGCAAGAUAUAGAUUCCGAUGAGUCCCCUGUGGCCAGAGAACGGACUGUGAUCGUCCACACAAACCCUGAUUUCUCCCUACGCCAUGAAGAGCUUGCCCUGAGCAGCCGUCUCAAUACCAAGGACUCUGGCUGUCAGACAGAAGACUUACUGUUCACCGCACCCUCACGAAGGAGAAUCCGAGCACAGAGGGGCCAAGGGAUCCCAUCCUCUCUCUCUCACUCCACCGGCAAUAUCACCUCCCUGCCAGACAGCUCUGACUCCAUGUUUACUGCGAUGGCAGGCACCCGCCUGCGCUCCCGUAGCCUACCGCGUGAAGGUGGUCGCCUCGUAGACGAGGGCCAUGACGACAGCGAUGAUGAAGAACUCUCUCCCUACGAAGCGGAGGAGUUCCUGCCAGGACCGGGUGAGAGGAUUCUGAAGGAUGAGGAGGAGAGCACGGAUGACCAGGCUGUGCCAGAGCAUCACCAACUGGCAAACCUGAAACAGCACCCAGGGAGUCCGGACCACACCUGGAUUGAUAGAGGGAGGUCCAGGCUCCCGCGGAAAGUCGAUAUGGGGAGCUGUGAGAUUUCCUCCAGUUCAGACACCUUCAGCAGCCCCAUUCACUCUGUAUCCACUACAGGAGUGCUGGGCAGCCAGAUAGAUCACAAGGAAGAUCACCAGUCCUCCAGUGGUAACUGGAGCGGAAGCAGCUCGACAUGCCCUUCCCAAACGUCAGAGACCAUUCCCCCCGCCGCCUCACCUCCUCUGACUGGAUCUUCGCACUGUGACUCGGAGCUGUCGCUUAACACGGCUCUUCACACUACUGACGACUCCACUGGUUUUGCGAUUGACCCUUUCCAGACUGACAUGCCGCAAGAUUCAGGCCACCAGGCGAGUUCCUUUACUUCUGGCGCAGCUGACCUGCUGGACGAUUCGAAUACGGGUGCAGCAAACAGCGGCGAGUGGAACUACCUGCACCACCAGCAUGACAAGUCCUGCCGCCUGGACUUCUGUCCUCUGCGUCAGAGGGAGGAUAAGGGUGGCCUCGAGUGUCCCAGUUGUACGAGUGUGGCAACUUAUGACAGCUUCAUUGACAAGCUUCCAUCCGAAAAGACCGACUCCAGCUCGCAUUACUCGAUAGACACAGAAGGUUACUAUACCUCCAUGCACUUUGACUGUGGUCUUAAAGGUAGCAGAAGCUACAUUCAUGACUAUGCAGCCUUGGGCUCUGACUGUAGUGAGAGCAUAAAUGUUGCAACUAGCGUGGGUGGAUAUCGUCAGCCAGACUACAGUGGUACCCGGACAAUAGGAAAGCACUGUCUUUCUUUGAAGAAACCAAAGGUGAAGCCAGCCCCACCAAAACGCAGUUCAUCGUUGAAGAAAACCGUUCUUGACAAGAACGAACCAAAGAUAAAUAGUGGACAGCACCUGCAAUUGUCUUCCAGAGAAGUUAAGCUGCAGCUGGACUUGGCCAGCUCUCCGGGUCAGCUGGAGAACCCCACCUUAAAUGAGGAACCGGUUGAGUCGUGGGUGGCAGAGAACGUUGUCGAAAUGAGUGACCCCUCCCUGUUUGGCCCUACAGACACACACUCAUUUAAGGAUGAAGGUGCUGUCCAGUCUGACUAUGCAGAUCUCUGGCUCCUUAAUGACUUGAAAUCCAAUGAUCCCUAUCGAUCGUUGUCCAACUCCAGCACUGCUACGGGUACUACAGUCAUCGAAUGCAUCAAGUCACCAGAGAGCUCGGAAUCGCAGACCUCCCAGUCGGGAUCAAGAGCCACCACCCCUUCUCUUCCCUCUGUGGAAAGCGAGUUCAAACUGGCCUCUCCCGAGAAGCUAGCUGGAUUAGCAUCGCCCUCCAGUGGCUACUCUAGCCAGUCGGAGACACCGACAUCUUCCUUUCCAUCUGCUUUCUUCCCUGGGCCCUUAUCCCCAACCAGUGGAAAGAGGAAACCCAAAGUCCCAGAGAGAAAGUCCUCCCUCUCUUCCCUACAGCAGCAGCAGCUCUCCAGAGAUGGGAGCAUCUCCAAGAGAGACCUUGAGCUGCCGAUCAUACCUCCAACCCAUCUUGACCUAAGUGCUCUUCACACCGUGCUCAGCAAGCCUUCGGCCCACAGAAACCAGAUACACAUCCUUCAUCAGAACAAACAGAAGGCGGCUGCAGCAGCAAAGCUGGAGGCAUCUGGCUCGGUUCCCAUGGCCAUAACUCCCACCGUGCUCCGCUCAGUCCAGCUGCGGUCCAUUGGCAGGCUAAGCGAGGGAGGCCAGGAGCAGCAUGGUUCUGACGCCAGACCUAAGUGUCCCACGGUCACAGUUGUCAGCACACCCUCCAGCAGCACAUCCCCAGAAUCAAAGAAGCCUGCAGUUCACAAACCCUACGAACCCCCGUCUCAGGAGUACUGUGAUAUACUGUUUACCCAGGGUGACAAACCCUUCCCAAGGGAUGUAGCGUAUCAGGAGUGCGUGGGACAAAGGCUGGAGAGAUGUGGCCCCAGUCCCUUCUGGGCAAUGACGGCAUUCAGAACCCCUUCAGACCCGAUCUGCGCAGAGGAGGACCCACCACUGAGACCACAACUUCACCGGGAAGCCCCCGACCUUGCAUAUGACCCAGCUUCUGAUAGCACGUUAUGCCCCAAGGAGGAAGCAGAACUCACAGGAGAUAGUUCAAGACCUCUCUCUCAUAGUAGCAGCAUGGAGAGGGAGCAACAUUUACCACUGACACCUGAGAAAGCUGCUGAAUCCCCCCUUAUGGCGACAAAAACGGGUUCUCCCCCAGCUCCACACAUCAUAGCAAAGAGGUGUGACCUUAAUCCGUGCGACAGUCCUGAAAAAGUGCCUGUAAAUACUUAUCAAUCAGAAUCAUCGCAAGCUUACACAAUCAGCGAUACAAGUAGCAAAGAGGAUGAAUAUGAGAUAUCAGGAGUUCCUACCAGAAGUGCCUCACAGGAAAGACAGGAAGAGGAGACCUCACCAGAUACGGAAGAUUACUUCAGCAAAGAAUCUACACCCAGUGACAGCUUGGUUUCUCCCCUGUAUGAUGAGACAAAACCUGAGGAUGACAGCGUUUUCAUGUCUCCCAACAAAGUACGCACAACAGAGGAUCUCUUUGCCAUGAUCCACAGGUCCAAAAGGAAAGUUCUGGGACGAAAGGACUCAGGAGAGCUUAGUACAAGAAACCGUUCAAGUACGGCCUCUGGAAGCACCGCAGCAGGUACUCCAGUGACAUCUCCAAGCACACCUGUGACACCAGGCAUCUCCACCAACUCCCAGAGACCUCCAGGGCCCAUCUACAGGUGUGCCAAGAAGUCCAGCACCUCCAACGAAGAGUUCAAGCUGUUGCUCUUGAAAAAAGGCAGCCGUACCGACUCCAGCUACCGCAUGUCGGCCACCGAGAUCCUGAAGAGCCCCGUCGCACCCAAGUCCCCGGGUGACCCAACGUCCGAGGGGUGUAGGCACCCUGAGGAGAUGCCCUCUCCGUUGCAGCAGUCCCCGGCGGGUGCUGAGCACCUGCCGGGCCCUUUCCCUAGAGCCAACACCGAGGGUUUCUCCCCAAAAACCUUCUCCAGCUCUGCUUCCUCCAGGCAGGGCCGAUCCAGGAUCCCACCGCCAGCCAACAGCAGUCGCUACAGCAUGCGCAAUCGCCUCUACACGGCGCCCAUGCAGGCCAUCUCCGAAGGGGAAACCGAGAAUUCGGAUGGGAGUCCGCACGACGACCGUUCCUCACAGAGCUCCACCUAGACCCGCCGGGCGUUUCGCGUUUUUCGGGCCCCCAGAGGUACCGCCAUUAUUUGGAAAGAAGGUGGAGCGCUGAACCAGUGAGGACCAGUUCUGAACCUUUAAAUUAUAUGAGAUGAAAACGAAAAAACAAGAAAAAAAAAAAACCCUGUGUUGAAUUUGUACACUUUUUCCAAAACUUGGCAAAUGGGUGAACUGCUGAUAGUAAAAAAAAAGGAAAAGGGGUAGAAGAAAUGGUAAAUAACCAUAUUGUUUUUGUUCAAGGAACUGCCAUUUCUCAUUCAUGUAUAGUUUUGGUCGUCUUUUUUUGGGAAAAAAAUCAUCCCAAUACUCUAAUAUCACAAUGCAAACACAUUCGGAGAGUAUAAAGGUAUCAGGAUCCAAAACCACAUCUUCACUCUAACUGAUUGCAAGUGAAAUUGCAACAUUUCUAUAUAUUUUGGGUGCCAUUGCAACCAUUACAGGGGGCAAUAUCGUAUCAAACCAUACUUGUGUCCCGUCCGUAAGAUUCACACGCGUCACGUUGUUCGUCAUUCAGGAAUACGAAAAAAUACGAUGUGCUGCCAUACGUUCUCCGUUCACACGUCGGAGCCUAAGCAGUGACACGGGAAGGCAAAAGGUACCUGAAUCUUGUAUAACAAUCUGUCUUUCGACAGGUUUACUUGGGACAAUCGAACUGUGGCCUUUACGUACUGGAGCUUUUAACAACAGGGGAUUUGAUACUCUAAACACGUGCUGUAUACAGGUACUUUCCAAUACGUUCGCUAGGAAUUGAUGUUGCUCAUUUACAAUUGGGUCUUUAAAUGAAUAUCUUUGGCUGGAACUUUGAACGGGUAGGUGCUCAGAGCCUACGUCAUAUUGCACUCCAUUCUUCAAGAUUAUCCCUUGAAAAUGUGUUUUGUGAUGAACUGUAUCAUACAUAAGCGGAACAUAAAAUAGAUAUAUAUGAAAAUAUAAAUUUUAAUUUUAAUGACACAAAGCUCACGAGGCACAAAACAAUGAGACCUAGUGCUGUAAUACUUACCUAGAUUUGUGAAGUUGGUAACCUGGGGCAUGACACAGUACCCACCACAGGGUCCUGCAAAGCAACAAUACUUUAAAAAAAAAAAAAAAAAAAAAAAAGAGUUCAGUUUUUGCUCAUAAGAAACGCUGGACGACUGAACAGCUGGGCCUGUGCUCGUAGUACUUGUACGUUUUACAGGUUUGUAUUAAAAUAUAAGCUAUCCCUCUGAGGUCAACGCUUAAAAGUUUUGUGACAUAUUAACUGAGAAUCAUCUCGAUUAGGGGGAAAUUGUGCGUAAUGAUGAUAUGACCCAAUGUAUUCUAUGAAUACCUUUGGAGCCCUUGCUGAUACUUUGGUGAAAUACUAUUUUUUUGCAAUGAGAUUAAUGAAUGAAAGUCAUAAAUGCUGAGAAAAUUGAAGACGAUUUGUAAAACUGACACUGUGCUCGCUUGUCGAAGGGGAAGCUGUGAAGCCCAUAGAUUUUUCCUUGAUCCUGUCUGUUGCUGGUCGGCGGCGCGCUUCGACCCGUACGCGGCAGGUGUGCGUUUCGUUCUCCUUUCUGUUUUUUUCAUUGACGACAUGCAAUAAAAAAAACAACGGUGGAAUUCCGAGAAAGAAAUUUCAGAUACAGAGAGACGUUUGUGUAUGAGAGGAUGUUGCUUUCGGCUCACUCGAGCGUAUUCGAUAGCUGUGCAAAACGUAAAAAUUUUUCGUGACCGUUCGCCGAAGAGUUGGGUUGUCUGUUUUGUGGACUAACUGGACAUGGUGUUAUGGAUCCAUUUUUCGAGAACCUGGCGGAAGUAGAAAGUAGGAAGCAAAGUGGCGUGGGCGUUGGAAGACGCGCGAGACAAGGGUGCGAGCCGAGCCUGGAAGAAAGGGUGCGGGGAGAGAGGCGAACAGGAGAAGUACGUGAAGGGAGCGGCGGUGCGGAGGAACAUCUAAACGUUUGAACCGGGUUGGCGUCGAUAGGAAAUGAGGGGAGGAGGUGGGAAGUGCGGCGAAGGAACUCGUGAUGAGUUUUUCCUUGGAGAAGCAUGUUGUCCUUUCCUGGCAACCUCAGCUAUUGCCCCUUCCUAUGCACGGCAGCGGCGAACUUGAGAACCUGUGCUCAGUUGCGACCGCAGAAUUUUUUUAGCGGCCAGAGUGUUUUCUUAGGACUAACACCUGCUACUCGGUGAGAGUGCGUGAAGUCGAGGAUUUUGAAAUAUUGUGCAAGUCUUGGUUGCGGUGUGGCAGUUUGAAGUUGUUUUAGUAGGUUGUUAACACGCUGUAGUUGUGGAGACAGUUUUGGGUCCUAGCGUGCUGACGCUAGCUGGGAAGAUGGUGAACAAAUGCAGUACUAGGUACUGCUUUCCAGAAAGUGACUGGGAAAAGGAAUGAGGAUUUCAGUUGUAAAGGUACGUGCUGCAGUAUCAGCUGCUGUUUAAGACAGGCCUCUGGAUUUUUUUUUUUUAAUUUAUCUUAUUUAAUUUUACUCCACUUGGAAAUUUUGCGUUUAGGAGUUUCAUCUGAGAUACUGUUAUGGCAGAUUUUUUUCUUUUUUUUUUUUUUUAAUGUAACAAAUUAUUAAGAUUAAAUGCAUUUCUUUGUUUUUGUUAGUAAAAGGUGAAAUCAGACAACGAAAGGAGUUAGUCUGAGUUUAAAGUUUCGCGAAUUUUUAUGUCUGCAUUCGGCUCACGAUCAUUCGGUCUGCUAAAUCUGUACAAUCUUUAUAUGAUAUUAUGGUGUGACAAAGAAGAUAUUUUUAAUGACAAGAUAUUUUAUCCAGAGACUUAUUUUGUUUAUAAAAAAAAAAACAGAUCUAGAAUAUGAUAAAGCUUUAUUUAAUAAGACACUGGCUGAGAACGUGUUCUGUCACUUCAUAUCAAAGACAUGGCAUGAAAUGGACUGACUGGUGUGAACCGCUCAGAGAGGACACAAAUCACCUGUCUGGACAUAAAAGUUGCCGUGUACAAAAUCCAGUGGUGUUCUCGUAGGGGUGCUCCGAAUUUCCGUUGCUCGUCCAACAGCCACGUGUCCGUCUGUUGCCACUAAGGACCGGUGAUGGCCGUUGACUGGUUUUAUUGUACAUUUCUCACACUUACAUGAGGUCUGGUUUUCUCUGAGCACAGCACGUAUACAAUGUAGAUGAUGAAAGUUAAAAAAAAAAAAAAAAAAAAAAGAAAAAAAAGGUUCAAUUCGGGGGUACCUAUGUACACUCACCUGCUCACUAGUGACAUUUUUAAAUCGUGGUAUCAAUGUAGCCAUAUUCGUUCACAGACAUUAUCGAAUGGCACUGCAGUAGCUCUGUCCACAGAAGUACUUUAACUGUUAACCUUAUUCAUGCCUUAUGUAAUAAAACACAUUUUAAAGGGGAGAAGACGUAGCUGCUUCCCUUUACGCUACACGUUCGGGUUUGACACAUCAACGCUGCGACAAAGAGCAAAAAUGACAUUUAUCUCGGGUUAACGUUAAGAUAAAGAAGCUCUUGAUACAAGUACUGUUGUCGACUGCCAUCUUUUAACGGUGCACAGGGGGGAUGAUUCUGUGAACACUAUUCCAUAUUUUAAAAAUAUCAAUUUGCACUGAUAUAGUGGCGUUUGUGAAGUUUUCUUUCUGUUUUGCUGAACUUAUUUAUAUAGAAUUCCUUUUGAGACUGUUUGAGUUUCCAUUUCGCAAUUCGACAUGGCUCGUGAACCAUGUUUGUAUGGGGGAAAGCACAGUAAAUGCUUUUGCCAAAGGAUUUCGGAAGUGUCCGCGUGUGAGCAACAUUAAAUGGAUUUUGGUUACUUGCAUAACAAAAGAAAUAGAGGCAAACACACCACAAACGAAGGUUACAGUGUAACUGUUUCUGUACAAGAUGCAUUUCAUUCAGGCUGAGAGCUACAAGUUAAUGGAUUUGCAUAGAUUUUGUAUUUUUGUACAAAUCUGUAAAUAUAACCUUUUUAAAUUGUUGCAAAGAUGUUUCUUUUGUAAAAAAAAAUGUUUUCAAAAGUUUACAUUAAUUCCAAGCCUUUGUAUAUUUUUGAGCUGUGCAACACUUUAAGUCUUGUAUUUAUUUUUUAGUAAACAUUGUGAAAAUUCCAUUGUAAAUCCUCUCGGAACCAUCUGCCAGGCCUUCUGGCUGCUUAGUAAUUGUGCAUAGAACAGACCAAUAAAUGUGA